AAAAUUUCCUAUGAAGGUUUAUGUGUGUACCUAAUAGCAAAUGUUUCAGAAACAGAUAACGUUCUGUAUAUAAUUGAUUCUUUAGAAUUCCACCCAAUGUCCGGGACAUUGUUUAUUGCACAGGAGUUUCCUUAAUGGAUGAAGAUGUAUGGGAGUUUAUCUGGAUGAAAUUUCAUUCUACAACAGCUGUUUCAGAAAAGAAAAUAUUGCUGGAAGCACUGACCUGCAGUGAUAAUAGGAACCUACUGAAUAGGCUUCUCAACUUGUCACUGAAUUCAGAAGUGGUAUUGGAUCAAGAUGCUAUUGAUGUUAUAAUUCAUGUAGCAAGAAAUCCACAUGGAAGAGAUUCAGCAUGGAAAUUCUUCAGGGAUAAAUGGAAAAUUCUGAAUGCAAGGUAUGGAGAAGCCUUAUUUAUGAAUUCCAAACUUAUCAGUGGAGUUACAGAAUUUCUAAAUACAGAGGAAGAAUUAAAUGAGAGCGGACAGUCACACUCAUAUCCUGAAGGCUACCCUGGUGGUUUCCGGCUAAAAAACUUUAUACAACUCCAUAAAGUAGGAUCAGCUGUAGCUCCUUUGUCUAGGGCGUUGGAAACUGUAGAUGCUAAUGUACGAUGGCAGCGACUGUACAGGGAAGAACUCUUUCAGUGGUUACGAAGAACAUUGAAACAAUAA